GUAAAGUAGCGCACAGCAGCAGCGACAGAGCAGGAGGAGCAGAUUUUAAAGUUUGAGGCUGCAGCGGUCCGGACAGAGCGGGCACUCAUCCCUGCAGGACUCCAGAACCAGGUGCGGAAACCUGGCUCAGCUUUACCUAGAACAUCUGAUGCCGAAAGGUCUGAUAACUCUGCUGAGGACUACUGGAACAAGCGUUUAAGUGGAUUUAGCUUCUCAAAACAUUUUCUGCCUCUUGUUGCUUCUGUACUUGACAAGGAAGGCAGUUUUUUGAAGCAACCAUACAGAAGGGGGAGGCGAAGAAAGGAACUUGUUACAAUAUUUGACAGUACUGACCCAUAUUUCAUGCUUCAGCUAGCGAAGGGGAAACUUUGCAUUUAGCAAGCAGCAUCAUAGAAGGUUGUGAGCUGUUUAACAUUCAGGGCCAUUAAUCAAGUGACCUCCAGGUCUAAUUAGCUGCAUACAAAACAGCCACACACGUAUGCAAACAGUCGCAUCUGGUUGCUGAGGUGAUCUGUUUGUAACAGGACGCGCAGAAGCUCAGAAACAGCCAAACCCAGUUGGGUGUUAGAUGUCCACCUGCACUUUAUCACCUCUCUUGGACAACACUGACCUUGGCGGAGAAUAGAGAUGUUUGUUUGAGUUUGUUUGCAUUAGUGGAAGAUGGUGGCAUGCCCUGUAUGCUAUGAUUGAGAGUGACAAAGACACCCGAUGAUGAUUCUGUGGCUCUGAUAAAAAGGGAAAAAGAAUUACCGCCUGAGGCACGGAUGCUGAAAUAGGAAAGUGGCUGAGCAUCAUCAGACUUUUUGAGUCACAUCCUCAAAUAAGUGACACACAAAAGUAGUCCAUGCUAAUUGAGAACUGCACGUGUGCAUCUGUCUGACACGUUGUCUGAGAAGAUUAAAGUCAGAACUCUUGUAGGUCAUGUCACUUUAACUUACGUAGCUUUGACAGCAUCAAGUGGCCACCGGAUGAAAAUGUGUGACACAUCACAAAAACAAACACCUUAGACAAAUACAUAACAUCAGUCUGCCUGUCUGUCAACAUCAAAUAUAAAAGUUGCAUGCUGACUUCUUGAACACCCCUCAUGAACGUCUUCCCCUUCUUCUCCAUACCUCAACCCAACACGCCCACCAUCCAGUCGGUGUGUAAGCCCCGUCUCCGGGCCCCUUGGAGAAUGAACAAUGCACCCACACUUGACUACGAGUCGCUGCUGUCCCCGGCCAGCUCCUCCCUGCCCAGCAGUCCAGGGGGUGGCGGUAGCAGCGCCCCCCUGGCCUUGGUUGCAGUGGACACAGAGCAGCGCACCGCCUUGGCCUUUGUAGGCCUCCUCAUGCUCUUCUUGGUCUUCCUUCUGGUCAGAUGCUUCAGGAUCCUGCUGGACCCAUACAGCCGCAUGCCUGCGUCCUCCUGGACUGACCACAAGGAUGGAAUAGAGAGGGGUCAGUUUGAUUAUGCACUGGUAUAGCGUACAGGUUUGGUGUUUAUUGCACACAGACGUUUUAGUUUUUUUCAGACAGUGAUGAUAUAUGGUGUGAUUUUGUAAAUGCACUAGAAGAUGGGCCGACCUUUUAUUGGUUUAAAUUCAAUGCUGCAGGACUAUAUAUCUGCAACAGGUGUUGUUUAACAGGAGACUCUCUUUGACAAACACAGUACUGUGCAAUUAUAUUUGCCCCCUCACAGAUUUAUUCUCUUUUUGUUUUGUUUUUGUCACACUUAAAUGUUUCAGAUCAUCAAACACAUUUUAAUAACAGACUAGAUUACCUGAAGAACCUACAGUUUUUAUACAAUGAUUUAAUUUAAGAGAAAAAAAAACUAUUAAAACUCAUAACUGGCUUUGCCACCCUUGGCAGCAAUAACCAUUGAGCCAUUGAGUAUUUAUGAUAACGGACAAUGAGUGUUUGUUUUGGCCCACUCUUGUUUGCAGAAUUGUUUUAAUUCAGCCACAUCGGAGGGUUUUCAAGUGUGAAUAGCAUGUUUGAGGUCAUGCUAUGUCGGUCAUGUCAGUGGAAUUAAAGCCCAGACUUUGACUUUAUUUUAUUGUCUUUUGUGAGCCAUUCCGAUGUGGACUAGCUUGUGUUCUUCAAGUCAUUGUCCUAACUUUAGUGUGCUUGAGCUAAAGCUCAUGAACUGAUGGUGGAACAUUAUCCUUCAGGAUUCUCUGGUUGAGAGCAGAACUAAUUGUUCGGCAAAUCACCCUGGUCCUGAAGCAGCAAAGCAGCCCCAGACCAUCACACUACCACCACCGUAUUUGACUUUCAGUAUGAUGUUUGUUCUCUGAAAUGCUGUUUGUUUUGCAUCAGAUGUAACGAGAUGCACACUUUCCAAAAAGUCCUACUCUUGUCUCGUCACUCCACAGAAUAUUUUCCUAAACGUUGUGUGAGAUGGACCUUUGUGUUACUUCUGGUCGGCAGUGGUUUUGGCUUGGAACUACUCAACUGAUACAAUUGUUGGCCAGUCUUUUUCUUGUUCCUAAAUCAUGAACUAUUACUUCAACCGAGGCGAGUGUGGCAUGCGGUGUGUGUAGAUGUUGUUCUUGGUGAACUCGUGGAUGAGUCAUUGAUUCGCUCUUGGAGUAAUUUUGGCACUCAGACUGCUUAGAAGGUUCACCACUUUGUCAUUUAUUCUCCAGCUGGGAAUAAUGUGUCACAUGUUUUGCUGAAAUCCCAAAGCCUUCGAAAUGGCUCUGUAACCCUUUAUAGACUGAUAAGCUGUUUUUGAAUUUCUUUAGGAGGGGACCUGAUGUGAUGUUUUUUGAGAUCUUUUAGCUUACUUCAUGUUGUCAGACUAUUUAGGUGAUUUCUUAAUUCAACAGCUCUAGUAGUAAUCAGGCCUGGGUGUGGCUAGUAAAAUAGAGAUCAUCUUUGAGAAAAUUAGGUAAAUCACAGUUAAUUCAAGGUAGAAAAGGGUGGGGGUACUUACUUUUCACAUUGAACCAGGUUAGUCUGGUUAGCUUUGUUCCCUUUAAAAAAUGAAAUUGUAAUUUAAAAACUGCUUUAAGUGUGACAACAUCAAAAAGCUAAAACAAAACAAAUCUGUAAGGUGUUUUUUCAUAGAACUGUACAUACUGUACCCUAAAAGACAGACAACAUGAGCUGCACAGCUGCCUUAACCUGACCUACUGUAACAGUCGACAACACCAUCCCAACACAGCAUUAUUUUUUUUAUCUAAGCCCAGAGGUGCUUGGUGGUAGGACACGAUAUGAAUUCAAUUCAGUUCAGUUUAUUUAUAUAGUGCCAUUUCACAACACUUGGGUCUCAAGGCAUUUCACAAAUGUCAGGUACAUUCCAAUUAAUCCUAAUCAUUGAACAGUGCAGUCAGAUUCA